AUGUCUAUUACUUUGGUCUGUUUGGUUAAAGGAAACUUGCCUGCGAAUGCCUUUGCUGUCGAUAUCAAUAGUGGUAAGUUGAUAAGCCACCUCAAAGACGCUAUCAAAACGAAAAAGGCACCGGAGUUCGACCACAUUCCUGCUGACAGACUCAAGUUAUGGAAGGUGGAAAUUCCUGACGAUCACGACUCCGAGUUAGCCAACCCCUCAUUGCAUGACGAACUCCUAGCAACGAAAAAGGUUUCGAAAUACUUCCCCUCUCUACCUGCUGAAGAAUGUAUUCAUGUCAUAGUCGAGGUCCCUACUG